UUGAAAGAUCCAAUAUUUAAUUGCAACUCCUCAUCUCCUAAAAUUGUUAUUAAUUUAGUGAACACAAAAAAACAGUCAAAAUACAAUACCGUGUUUGAUUCCUAGUAUUUAUCGCAUGGUAACUUUAAUAAUGGGAGUAAUGUAGGUUCUAAUCGUAACGCUUGACCGCCCGUUUAGGCCGGAAAUGUAUGUUUUACUUUAGUUUUUGCCUUGCAUUUCAAUAUAAUGGAUCUCUCCCCGGAUGAGGAGAACUUUCAAGGUCGUCUGCUGCACCAAGCCGCUCUGUGGGACAACUUGGAACUGUUGCAAGAGCUGAUAGUCAAUGGGGCUGAGGUUGACGCACGCGACACACACGGCCGUAGCGCUCUGCACGCGGCCGCGCUCGCCGAGCGAAGCGCCUGUCUGUCCGCGCUUUGUAGUGCUGGAGCUUAUGUAGACGCUAGAUGCGACUCGUCAGCCGGCGGGAAGACAGCUCUCCACAUAGCGGCAGAGCGGGGGCACGUGGAGAACAUCAGGGCGAUGUUGAAGGCCGGCGCUUCGCUGCACAUUACAGACAGUGGGGGCGACACCGCCCUGUCGCUGGCCGAGAAGAACAACCACAGGCACGCCGCCAGAGCCCUCAGGGAGGCGAGAGAUGCUCAAGACCGUGAAAGAUUGUCGCAGCACACGCAACUCCGCGACCUGGUAUCCAGGGGUGAGAGUCAGCAGCUCAAGGCCAAGUUGGCGACACUUGGCAACGACGCAGGCCUCAUAGUGAAUCUGACUCCGGGCGGAGCCAAUACUCUAUUAUAUGUUGCUGCAGAAGCUGGCCUGACCACAGUGGUGGCGGCACUCCUGGACGCCGGCGCUGACGGCAGAGCCCACCCCGUCACGAAAUACAGCCCCCUCUACAUCGCUUGCUACCACGGUCGCUUGGACAUCGUCAAGUUGCUGCUCUCUUAUUUCCCUGAGGCUGUCCAGCAAGAGACAGUAGAGAAAUGGUUGCCGCUCCACGCCGCGUGCAUCGGCGGUCACGCGUCUAUCGUCACGCUGCUGCUGGAGUAUCCUUACCCGGCUUCAGUACUCAACACUUACAUAGACCCGAGUGGACGUUGGGAGUAUCAAGCCGCGUUCGAUAUUAACGCCACUGAUGCGCGCGGUCAGAGCGCCCUAUAUGUGGCCAGUACCUUGGGCAACAUGCCCGUGUUGGCUGCAUUGCUGGAUCACAUGGUCCCCUGCCGGCCCAUUGACAAGAGCGAGGAGUCGGAACCUCCUCCUUCCUCCAGUCCACAUCGAGGCGGCAUUUCUCUAGGGAUCCACGCCAUCGUCAGCAGACUCACCGGUGGAAACCAAGACACUCCAUCCGAGAGCAGCAGACGCGUUAGACCGGUGUCCCUGUCGGCAACCCCGGGCUGUGACGGCAGCGUGGUGGCGGCGGUCCGCGCUGGCCACGUGCGCGCGCUGCAGCGACUCCUCGCCGCCGGAGCAUCUGCUGAUGUACAGGCCUCACCGCCAGCUGACCUGGACACAGACGGUAUCCGGGACAGCCGCAGGUCCCGGAGCGCCUCCGCCUCUCUUGCCCGGGACGGAUCCCCCUCGCCGUGCCGCAACAACUACCCAGCCGAGCGAGACGGUCCAUGGACAGCACUAGCGCUUGCAGCCCGCGCUUCUAAUAUACAAAUAGCGGAGAUGCUGAUCGCACACGGCGCUACGGACCCCCACUGCCGCGCAAUCCGGGAGUGCAGCAGGAAUGGUCUGGUCGAUCUGCUUGCCAAACUCCUGGCCACCAAGGCGUACGCGGACCCGGACAACAAGCUCAACAAGUCCGUCAUCGCCGAAGCGGUCUUCAAGAACAAGGGCACUGACGCAGCGCUGACGUACAGCGCGACCUGCCCCACCACGCCCGUGGCCGUCUGCUGGCGGGAGCUCAAGUGUCAACUGGCGAGGAUACGCAUGAGCUGGUUGCGCAGCGCGGCCCUACGCGUGAACCCUCGCCUGGCGUCAGACCGCGCGGCACUGCUCGCCGUCACCAGGGUAGAGCUCACCAAUAACGAGCUACGAACCCUGCCGCCGGAACUCUUCUCCUUGCUCAGUCUAAGGUACCUCAACGUAGCUCAGAAUAAGCUGGAGCGUCUGCCCACAUCCGAGGAUCCACUGGAAGACGAAAUGGACUCCAACGGGAGACGACUCAAACGUAAGCGGCACAGACCAGACCUGUACACCGCCCCGGCACUCCAGGAGCUGUAUCUGCAGGAUAACAGACUGGAAGACCUUCCACCGGGCCUCUUCAAGCUGCCGGCUCUGAUGACCCUCGACGUGUCUAACAACAAGCUACGCGCGCUGCCCUCAGAGAUGUGGGACGCGCCGUCGCUUCGGGACAUCAACGCAGCUUUGAACCACUUGAGGGAUUUACCCACGGGACGUGAGAAUCACUCAGAGUCGCCUGGUCUGCCCCCGACCUCGCCCCUGGAGUCACCGCAGACAAGCGCCUCGCCUUCCAACUCGACAUCGCCGUUCAACUUUAACAGCUCAUCGUACUUGUCCCGAAGUCCAUCUAGUCCAUCGAUCGACAGGAGUGACUCUGAGGACGAAGGUAUCCCGAUCAUUGGAAACAGGAGUAGCAAUGCUGUUUGCACGGAGGCGCGUCGCGUGCACGCGUGGCGCGGCGCUGUACAGGCGGGCGUGACGUCACUUGAGGGUAGCCCCCUCGCCGCUCUCAACCUGUCGCACAACCAGUUCACCUGCCUCCCCCCCGCGCUGGCCUGCAGGGCUCACAACCUUAAGCGACUGAACAUGUCCUACAACUCUCUCAGAUCGAUGUCCUACGUGACCUCGUACCCAACCAGUUUGAGGCAGCUCGAUCUCAGUCACAACAAGAUCACUUGCUGGCCCAGCUUGCCUCAGGUGGAGAACUUCGGUACGUCAGAUGACGAUCCCCUGGCGUGUUACUGUAAGACCCCCCAGGGCGGGCGGUCCCGGCCUCGUUCCGGGGGGUCGGUCAGAUCGCAGCUACUGAACGCGGCCUGCCCCGCCAGGAGGCAUCUUAGGCUCGAAGGGCUGCGGACUUUGAUAUUAGCCAACAACCAGCUGAACCGGAUCCAGUUGACGACCGAUGGUGACGGCUGCACGGCCAAUGCUCCAGACGACUCCAACACGGACGACACCGACGACUGGAACACAACCUCAAGCCUCAAGGGUCGUCUGCUGUUCCCUCUCCUCUCAAUGCUGGACGUCUCCUGUAACAUGCUGAAGAGUGUUCCACCGGCCAUACACGAGCUUACGAAUCUCUCAGUUUUGAAUAUAAGCGGAAAUAAAGGCAUAACAGAACUGCCGCCUCAAAUGGGUCUGCUGUCCCGUCUCUGGAACCUCAACACCGUGGGCUGCUCCCUCGGCGAGCCCUUGCUGUCGAUGCUGAGGGGCGGCAACUACAAGAGCAUGGACAUCGUCGGCUACCUGAAGUCGGUGCUGCAGGAGGCCAGGCCGUACAGCUCCAUGAAGCUGAUGCUGGUCGGGUUACAGGGAAUUGGCAAGACCAGUCUAUUGGAGUGCCUGAGGCAGGAGUCUGGUCUACAGCAUCGGAGGAAACCAGCUGAGCACUGGGCUAAGCGCAUGGGGAACAAGUCGAGCCGUGGGAACGUGUCAACCGUUGGCGUGGACAUCGGUACCUGGGUGUACGAAAAACAUCGGUCCACCAGGGGACCCAUCACAUUCAGGACCUGGGACUUCGGGGGACAACAGGAGUACUACGCAACGCAUCAGUAUUUUCUGUCGCGUCGCUCCCUUUACCUGGUCGUGUGGAAGGUGACGGAAGGGAAAAGAGGCCUGGCUGGCGCAUUGAACUGGCUGCGAUCUAUACAAGCCCGCGCCCCUGGUUCGCCUGUUAUAAUGGUCGCAACGCACUACGAUCAAGUUGCCAACAGCAACUUGCCUGAAAGCGAGAGUCCAGAGGUCUUGCAGCGUCUCAUUAGAUCCUCGAUCAUGGGGGCGCCUGAUGCCGACAAACUUGGUCUGCCUCGGGUAAUGGAUUCGGUCGAGAUAUCUUGCAGCACACGACACAACAUAAGGCUGCUGGCUGACAUCAUUUACUCCGUGGCGUUCAGCGUGAAGCCUCCUGGCAGCAAGGAGCCACUUCUAGAGCAGAAGAUUCCAGCAACGUACCUGGCCUUAGAGGAGUGUGUGACGUCACUGGCUGCCGACCUCCGGGAGCCGGUGCUGAGCCACGACGAGUACCGGAGACUGGUGACCCAAUAUAUGCAGCAGAAGAACCACAGAAUGUUCCGGGACGCGGCCGAGUUGCAUCAGGCCACGAUGUUCCUUCAUGAAAACGGAGUGCUCCUGCAUUAUGACGACGCCAGCCUCAAGCAGCUGUACUUCCUUAAGCCGCAGUGGCUCUGCGACGUGCUCUCACACGUCGUCACUAUAAGGGAGAUUAACCCUUUUGCGAAUAACGGUAUAAUGAAGAUCGAGGAUUUAGCGCAUGUCUUCAAAGCUUCACCCAUGUUAGCGCGCGGGGAGGAGGCCAGCUCCUUAGGCGUCUCACUACUGAACAAAUUCGAGCUGGCCCUCUGCUGGGAUUCCAGGGUCUUACUGGUCCCACCGUUGCUGCCGAAUGCGGAGCCGGCGAGCCCUCAGCUGGCUUUACGCAGCAAGACCUGGUCACAUUCGAGCAGGAACACUCCGAGGCGGGCCUUCCCUGCGUCCGUGCAGCCCCACCUCACCCUGCCGGAACAGAGCAGGCCGACCGAUUCUCCAGUGUUGAUACAAGAUCACACGGGCUCCAUCACGGUGUCUGGGAGAGGGGGGGAGAUGUCCCUCGUGCGACUCGUCCUGCUCUCGUACGUGCCGAGUGGCUUCUGGGCUCGUCUGACCACCAGGGUGCUGGCUGAUGCUGCACUGGCAGUGGCUGCAGGCCAGCUGUAUCGUCUGACGCCCGAGAUGGAAGUGGAUGAGGGUAUAUCCCGAGCGCUGGAGGGAUGCUGGGGCUGGAAGUUGUGGAAAACGGGACUGUCGCUGUGUUGCGGGGCUCUCACCGUCGCCUCGCUUCGGGACCUGCCGGCGCGGACCGACGCCCUGCUCGGCCUCUGCGACGACGGACACACUGAACACGCUUACACGGGACUAAGGCUCAGGGUACGCCAAGAAGGUGCUUGGUGUGAUCUGGAGGUGGACGCGACUGCCUGCGUGGAGCUCUGUCUACCCGCGCAGGUGUGUGUCGUGAAGAGAGACGACGGCCUCCCGAUAGCUGGGUACCAGAGCAUCAGCCUGGAACCGAACCCGGAGACGUUGGCCAAGCUGCUAGCGCUACUUUCCGAUCACGUGGACUUGUUACUAGAGGACUGGUACCCAUCGUUAGGUACAAGGUUCGUACAUACUUCGGAGGGACGAUGCCUGAUCACGCGGCUGGUCCCCUGCCCCGCCUGUCUGAAGGACGCGGGGCGAAGCUCCCACGACGACAUGCCUUUAGCGCAAGCAUUCAGAAGAUUUGAACUUGGCGCCUUGGAGCCGAGGAGGGCGCGGCUGUCCCAGGACUCCCGCGCCUCAGACGGAGACAGUGGAGUUGGCGCUGAGUCUAAUGCCUCGUCCCGGCUCGGGUCAGUGGAGGGGAUAGUGAACGAGCCAAGACCCGCCACCUCCGUGUACGCUUGGACCGUGGAGGACUGCAUAUUAGCGGCUUGCACCAGUACUAAGCUCCAGUGCGCGUUGCACUCGCACGUAGAGCUGAGGCAGUUGGCUCCGGAUGCGCUCCUGCUAGACGUGGAGGAAGAGAAGAGAGCCCGGUGGGAGCAAAUCACGCGCGGGGUGGUGGCGGGGCGCGGCGCCUUCGGUACCGUGCUGACGGGCACGUGGCGCCGUUCACCAGCUAACUUAGUGCCGGUCGCCAUCAAAGCCUUACAGCCAGUCCCGCCCCCCAGUCACCAUGAUGUACCAGCUCAGCAGGCUUACAAGGCGGCCCUGUCGCGCUGGGACCGCGACCCGCUGUCUGCCGCCUGCCGCGCGUACUGCGGGCUGCGGCAGGAGCUGGGCAUCGUGCUGCGCCUCUCGCACCCGCACGUGGUCUCCCUGCGCGCCGUCUGCGCCGCCCCACUCGCCCUGCUGCUGGAGCUCGCGCCGCAGGGAGCUCUGGACGCAGCCCUACGGGAGUACCGGAGCGGGGGGGCGCGGGUGGGGGAGAGGGCGGCGCGUGCUGUCCUCCUGCAGGUAGCUCGGGCCCUCGAGUACUUGCACGCCAGGAGGAUCGUGUACAGAGACCUGAAGUCUGAAAACGUAUUAGUGUGGCAUCUCCCGAAGCCGCACGAAGCCGCGGAAGCUGAGAUCAACUCAGCCCCCCUGCAAGUACUGGUCAAACUGGGAGAUUACGGUAUCAGCAGGCUAGCUCCGCCCUCAGGGACGAAAGGCUUCGGGGGCACUGAAGGGUUCAUGGCGCCGGAGAUCAUGAGAUACAAUGGCGAAGAAGAAUACAAUGAAAAGGUGGACUGCUUCUCUUACGGCAUGCUGAUCUACGAGGUGGUGACCUGCCGCCAGCCGUUCGAGGGUCACGAGGCCGUCAAGGAAGCCGUGCUUGAGGGCGUGAGGCCCACACUCACUCCAAGGGAGUUGGAGUAUCCGUGCUGCGUCCUCGAGAUGAUGCGUCGGUGUUGGAGCGGGUCUCCGGAGGCGCGUCCGUCGGGCGCCGCGCUGGUGUCCCUUAGCGCAGCCCCCGAGUACGGCACGCUCCGGGACGCGGCCGCCUGCCGCCCCGCCGCCACCGCCGCGGCGCUGCCUCUACACACACAGGAGGGCGCGCUGCAGUGGGAACUUUGGUACGGAGGAGGGGAGCCAGAACGGGUCCACACACUCCUGGCCUCGCCACACGCCUUCACGCAUCAUCACACCGUCAGGCUGCUUGCAGACAAAGCUGAACCAGUCGUCGCGACGGCCGUUUGCGUGGUCGGAGCCACGGUCUGGGUCGGAGAUUCCUCCGGCAGACUCACAGUAUACUCUGCUUCGACUUGCGCGUUGAAAUGGAGUGCCAAAGUUCAGGAUUCUGUGGGCGGCGCGAGUAGCGGCAUAGUGGCCAUGCUGUCACUCGCGGACCUGGGCCGGGUCGCGCUCGCCCUCGCCUGCGGGAGGUUGUUCUUGGUGACUGGCCAGGAGCCGGUGGCUGAAGGCUGCUUCGUGCUUUCCGAGCUGGGGGCAGCGCGCGAGCUGUGUUGUCUGGCCGCCGUGCCGACGCCGCAUGGGUUCGAGGUGUGGGCGGGCGGCGACUCGCUGUCGGCGUACCGCGUGUCGGCUGAGGGGGUGUGCGGGGCGGAGGCGGUAGCGGCGGGGGGCAGGGUCGCGCUACUGUCGGCAGCCGCGGCGCUGCCCUGCGUCUACGCGUACACGCAGCCAGGCGUGUCAGUGUACCAGUACAGCGUGGUCACCAAGAAGGUCGGCUGCCGUCUGGACUGCAGCAAGCUGGUGCCCUGCUCCGAGAGCCUGCAGUCCAUAUCCUUGGACGAGCACUUCGAUCAGUGCCUGUGUAGGGUGACUGCGUUGAGCGCGGUCGGAGACGAAGUUUAUGUUGGGACAGCGUGGGGCUGCGUCAUAGUGGCUGAUGCGGCGACGUUGCGUCCCAUUACAGUCUGUCGGCCCUACGAGCAGGACGUGACCGCCAUCAUACCAUUGCCGCAACCGAAAAAAUCGAAAAGGUCUCCGAUGCUGGCAACAUUCGGCAACGGAUACAGACCUCUGGUCCAAAGAUACGCCCCUACUCAGACUAACAACGCACAGCAACAGUACAAUGGCUACUACUGCCUGCUCUGGAAUUCGAGGCAUUGGCUCCCCGAUUAAUAAAAACAUCUUCAAACAAUACGCUUCGACGACAAACUUCCAACAUCUAAGGCUGGAAUUGACGCUGCUAAUGACAGCGCCCGACAACAAAGACUUUUGGGAAGAGGCAAUUAGCUAAAUAAUUCCGGCUUCAUAGUUUAUCUCUGUCUGACAAACGUCAAAUCGGUAGCGUGCGACAGAGAUAAUGCACGUGCUAUAUUUAUCGCCCGGUACAGCAGAAAUUAUGAUAUGAUAAUUGAUUUUAAAUUCUGGCUUACAUUUAUAUUGAAAGUCGAAUUUGUGAAAGAAAAUGUUCGCUUCGUCGUUACGCGAUGUAUAUUGAUUGCGUUUGGCUGUAUGGACUAUGUCCGCUUUGCUCGUUGAUGUAGAUAAAAAAAGUCAUGCUUUUAAAAAUGUUUAUUCGAAGAUAAUUUUGGCGGGAAAGAGAAAAUAUGUCAAUAUGUCCGAAUUGUUUUAAUAAUUUAGCGUACAGAGGGUAGAUGUAAGGAGCGCCAUCUUUUAUAGGGAUCACCGAAAUAUCGCCAUUGUGAUAAGUUUUUAUAUUUAUUGCAUAGAUGAGUGGACGAGCUCACAGCCCACCUGGUGUUAAAUGGAUACUAGAGCCCAUAGACAUC